UUUUACUAGUGUAGACAUUUGGAUGGUUCAUAUAACGCGCAUUUCUAUCAUUCAAUAAAUAUUAGUACAGAUACGACAUUUUAUUAUUUCUAAAUUAAUAGUGAUGUGAGUGAAAUUGCCGAAAGAUUACGAGAUCAAGUUAUAAAAUUUGUUUUAAAUCAUAACGGUUGGAUUAAAUUUUUCUCUACUAGCAAAAUGUUAUUUGCUAAAAGGCAACCGUCGCUGGUCACGGAAGUGAUCCUUUCACGGUGGGUGGGUCGUGAAAGGUCUAUCCGCAAGUCGCAAGAAAUCGCACACAAGCCACCAGUAUCCAGCAACAGCAUAGUUAUCUUCAUAAAAGUGUUCAUUACCAGCACUAUAAUGGCGUACCAACAAAUUAUUAUUGGCGGUUCUAUUGGAUUAACGUCAAUACUCAUAGCUCAAUUCCGGGAACCCGAUUCUCAUAUAAAAGCCGACAGUGAUCAAGCCUCGUGGAUUGCUAGUCUGACCAUGUUGCCUUGUCCCAUCGGUUCUUUGAUUUGUGGAUAUUUAACAGACAGAAUAGGCCGAAAAGGUGCGUUGCAAGUUGCUUUUGUACCGACGGUUAUUAGCAUGUUUCUCCUUUGCUACGCCAAAUCGAUGCCAGUUGUGUACUGUGCCAGAAUGCUUUCAGGAAUAUCAUUCGGUACUGGAGGUCCGAUAUUCGCUUAUAUAGCUGAAACUAGUCCGACCAAGUGGCGUCCUUUUUUCUUCAUGUUGUUUAACUUCUACGUCGGUCUGGGAAUGACCAUGGCAGCCGCACUAGGUAUUUUUUUCCAUUGGACGACUAUAUCUUUUAUUUACGGCGUAUUGAGCAUUAUUGGCUUCCUCAUGCCAUUUGCUAUACCAGAAACGCCCGCAUACCUAAGAUUCCGUGGUUUGGAAGAAGAGGCUAAGGUAUCCGAAGAAUGGUUUGGAUUUAAGUUACCAGCUAAAGAGCCGAUUGUCACUCCCAAUGAAAAUUCGCAACACGAAAUCAUACCCGAUUCGUUUUGGAAACAAUUGAAACUUCCAAUUGUAUGGAAACCAGCAGUGAUUGUGUUACUAUUUUUUAUUUGCCAACAAGGUUCUGGAUUCUAUCCCGUUAUGUUUUAUUCAGUAGACGUACUUCAUGAUUGCAUGGUGACUGUUGACCCCACAAAGGCCGGUAUGCUCUUGGCUGGUUCGCGAACAUUUGCCAGUGUGUUUAACUUAGUACUUCAGGCCGUGCCCAAGAAAACUUUAACGGUCGCUUCGGGCACAGGAAUGUUCUUGAUGUUAGUUGGAAUACUCACAUACCUACACAUAUUUACUGGUGUAGUAGAUCCGCCUUACUCGGAUAUAGUACUGUAUGCGUUUAUGAUAUUCGUGUUCUUUUCCAUGUUUGCUAUACUACCGUUACCUUGGAGUAUCUGCAGUGAGAUCUUUCCUAUAUCGGUAAAAGGCACCAUGACCGGAAUACUUUACUCGGUCGGAUACGAACUCAUGUUCCUAGGUAUCAAAAUAUACCCUACUAUGGUGCAUUCACUAGGUGCUAAAACGGUUUGGACAAUUUAUGGCAGUUUUUGUUUUAGCACAAUCUUGUUUGGAGCAUUUAUCAUGCCGGAAACAACUGGAAAAACACUCGAUGAAAUACAAGAAAACUUCGAUCGGCACCCAAAAAAGAAACAAAACAAAACUGUGUCAGAAGAGCCAAAAAAUGAUUUCUAUUUGUAAAAUCUGUGAAAUGUUGACAUUUUCUAAAGACGGCCACAAUUCAAAUCUAGUCUACAAACUAAUACAAGACUCGAUUAAUUUUAAAGUCGUACAUACAAAAACAUUAAGCCACAAUUAGUUCUAAUACUUUAUAUUUAGAAUAUAAUAUAGAGAUUAUAUUCGGUUUAUUUAUGUCGAAAUCAAAAUUAAAAGAUGAUUCACUAAAAGUACACAAUUAGGUCUUGACUUGGAAAAUGUGAUGCAUAUUAGAUAAUUUUAAGAAGUUUCUCACGUUACAACUUGAGUAUCUAUUAUACGAAUAAACUACUUAUAUGUAGUAGAUUUCAGCAAAUAAAAGAGAAUAUUGUCAAUAAUUUGUAUGCGGUGUGUUUGUAUGAUGACAACUAAAACUUUAAUUGUUUAUAAAUUUAACAUAUCCUAGCCAAACGACAAAUAAAAUGGUUUUGUCAAUUAAGAUUCAAUACAAUUUUUCUUACUUGUACAUAUAAUGUAGAUAUAUUUUUAUAUUUUUAUCAGUUUUCGUUAAUAAUUGUUGAAAUACUUUAGGAGCUUAAAAUUGUAAAUAAGUUACUAACAUUUCGAUAAAUGUCUAAAUAUAGUGUUGUUAUAAUGUAAGUAGUUUAUCAUAUAGAAUCACUAAAUAUAAUAUAUCAAUAUACUAUAGAAGUAAUAAUAAUAAUAUGUUAUUAUCAUUCAGUUUAUUUUCAUUAAACGGCUUAUAAACGGCGUUUUGGCUAGGCAAUUUUGUUACUUGCCUGUAAUUUUUAUAAAAAUUUUAUAUUUUUACCAUUUAAGGCGCUAAUCCUAAAUUAGCUAAAUAUAUUACUUAGAGUAAUCAAAUUUAUACUUGACAACUGAAUUUGGCUCAACGGGAUUUGAUAGAAAAUUGUUGACUGGGAAUUUUUUAACUUCAUUUGCAAUAAAGCAUUUUUAGUCUUUGAACGACAAAUUAAAUAUUAAAAAUACAAAAACAAUGGGAAGCCCUAGAAAUGUAAAAACAUUGAGAGAUCAUAGAAAUUAAAAAAAAUUAAGAAGCCAAAGAAAUGCAAAAAAUAUUAAGAAGCCAUAGGAAUGCAAAAAAAAUUUAAAAGCAAUAGAAAUUCAAAAAACCAUAGAAAUACGAAAAAAAUAAAUAAAGAAAUUAUAAUUUUUUUUUUUAAAUAUAUUCUAUAUAAGAAAAAUUCGGCGAAGAAAAAGUAAAUUGUGGAAAGAUUGUAUGGCAAGUGGAACUCGGGUGCAAUAUGAUUGAAAAUGUGUUAAAGCUUAAGUAUUCAAUGAAUUCUUUUAUUUUGAAAUUUCAUAAACUGAUAAAUUGUUUAUAGCUCCAGUAAAAAUACAAAAAUUGAAAAUAGUGAUAGUUCGUAACAGGUAAUUGCAUAAGUAACACGCUGUUAUAUAAGUAAUUUUUCUUUAUUUGUAUAUUUUGCACAGUACUUAUAAUAAUUUAUUUCAUAUUUUAUUUAAUUUAGUAUAGUAAAAGUAUUUUAAAAUUAAAUUAUUGAAUGUCAGCAAAAAUAUACCCGAAAAUUGUUUCAGAGAGAAAAUUUUUAAUGUGUUAAUUUUUUAUCAUUUUAAGAAUUAUUAGCUUUGAGAGUUUCCUGUCCGCUUCUUCUCAGUCACCACUCCUUUCUUAUAUAUCGACAUACCUCUAGAUUAUAUUCUACAUUCUAUUUAAAAGCUUAUGGUUAUAAUUUUUUAUAAAUAGAAUAUUACGUGAAUAUAAUAAUAUUGUAACUAUCUAUUUUUCCAGUAUUUU